AAAUGGUAAGAAGAGGGAAAAAAUUAUGUGGCCCCGGAGCAGGCAAGAUAAAGCAGAUCGGGGCUUGCAAACCAAACAGCUCCCCAAAUCUGGAUCUCUGAGGCUCCAGGAGGUUGCCAGAAAAAAGAGGGAGCGAGAGAGAAAAGCGGAUGGAGGAGAAAAAAAGAAAAUCCCAGCUGUCAGGGCAGGUCGGCCUUCGACGGAGCAGAAAGUGGGCAGAUCCCGGAGGAGAGGAGCGAGGAGCAGCGGUGCGCUUUCGAAGGAGGGAUGCUGAGAGCUUUGCGCGCAGACUUGCUCCUUUCCUGGUCGGCGUCCUCAGGCGCAAUUUCCGCGCAGGAUCCCGAAGCGCGCUUGCAAAGGGCCGGCCGCCGUUUCCAGAGGGGAUCCAUGUUGCUGCUGCCGCCGCCGCUUCAUCCCCACCGCCCGGAGGAGGAAUUAAUCCAGAGGGAUAAAUCCAGAAUGUAAUGUGAUUUCUCCCCCUUUUAAGUUAGCCUUUGCAAAAAAAAAACCAAACCCCGAAACAGCAGCUGAGCCCAGGAAAAAAGAGCGAGACGAGGAGGGCGCCCGUCUCCCUCGCCAAAUAAUCCAACUUCUCCCCAACGCCGGGAGGCGGCGAGGCAAGGGGGGGGGUGAAUCCUGCCGGGCCUCAGCACCAAUCCGGAACGGAGCCCGGUCCUCCCGGCGCCUUGCAAAAGGCCUUCUCGCCGCUCCAGCCGCCGCCGCCUCCUCCCGCUCUCGGGCUGCCCAUCCAAGGAGGAGGGAGGGAAGGAAGGAAGGAGGGGGGGAGGAAACGCCUGGAUUCCUCUCGCCCCUUUCUUCUCCUGUAUUCUUCUUCUGCUGCUGCUGCUGCUUUAUGGCUUGCAGGGGGGCAUUUUGCAUGCAAAAGCCACCCAGCCCCCGCGCUCUCUCGUCUCUCUUUCCCCCAGCUUUUUUUCCCCCUUUCCCCCUCUUUGCACCAAAUGUUUGCAAGCAAAAAAAAAAAAAGGAGGAAUUUAAAGGGGGGCGGGGAGCGGGGGAGGGAAUCCUCACGCGCUCUCCGGGUUUAGGGGGAGGGGGCACUCCUACUCCUCCUCCUCUUCCCAUUUAAUUGACGUGGAGGGAUAUCCAAUGGCAGGCUGCGAGUGGUUGCUAACAAAAGGAGACGCUGCCCAAUCCAGAGAGAGGAAAGGGACGGGGGGAGGGGGUGUUUGGUGCGCAAUGUGCAAAAUGCAUGCGACCCAAAAGCGGAGAUGGGGGUGGGAUUGGAGGCUGGGCUGUUUCCUCCCCACCCCCCUUUAAAUCAGGUUUGGUGGACGCGUGCGUUUGGCACCGGUGGUGGAUUGAUUUGCGCUUCCCGGACGCCGGUCCUUCCCCCGCCCACCCCCAUGAAAAAGCAGCAGCAUGAUUUGGAGAUUGAAAGCCCUUUUUUUGCAAAGGAAAAGGGCCUCCUUCAUUGUUCCUUUCGUCUUGCAAACGGCGGUUUCUUCCUUUGCAGUGAAAUCGGGAAAGCCGUCCGCGUUUGCAAAGCGCGCUUCUGGCGCGCACCUUUGCGCAAACGCCACGCUGCCUGGUUUCCCGGCUCAGUCUCGCCCGAACCGCCCGUUGUUUGGUUGCUUGCUUCAAAGCAAAUAAAAAGUAGCGCAG